GCUUUUCGUCUCCGCCCACCGGCGACGCCUGCGCCCCAGGAGCGAUUCCGAGUUGCGACGAUCGUCGGCGCGUCGGCGACGAGAUGGCCAACGUUCCUACCGGACCCACCUUCAAGGCGACGGCGGCGGACGCGGUUUGGACGCCGGGAAGAAGACGGGAAGAAGAAGCGGAAGAGAAGGAGAGGAGGGAGGAGGCGGAAGAGGAGCGUUCUCCCGUCUGGCGACCCUUCGGAGCCCCUCCCGACCGUCCGCCGGCCUUUCGACCCGUCGGACCGGACCGCCAGAGAGAUCGCCUAGUUCCCGCCGCAUCUCUAGAGAAGAUGACUCAGAAGAUAGAAUCGGAUAGCGCCAACGGUCGCGCGCCCGGUCCUUCCGGUCGCGUCGCUUCCGGCUCUCUGUCGGGACUGCCGCAGCCGCUGAGUCCCACCGUCAUACUGCUGCAGAAGGCCAGAGAAGGUCAGAUUCCUAAAGGUGCUUCGUACAUAAAAGUUACCGAAGAAGAAAAUGCCGGCGCUCGAAAGUGCAAAGGUAUCGGGCCGACGGUGCAGGGAAUUCCUUUGAGUUUACGAACCGAAGUUAAAGAAGAAUAUGCUAGUGAUUGGUAUAAAACAAUGUAUAAAUCACUUCAUAAAUUUGACAAAUCUUCUGAUGAUUAUGUUGCUGUGAAAUAUUACAAGAAAGGAAAUAUACCUCAUGAUGGUGGUUACAUGUCUGAACCAGAAGUAGAAAAAGAAGAUUAUUCUAUUAAAUAUUCUAUGGAUAAUUAUGAAAAACGUUCAAAAACAGUGAUCAGAGAUAAACAAAUUGAAUCCAAAAAUAUAUUUUUGCCAACUUCUUUACGAUCGUAUCAAGAGGUAUAUAAAAAUCAGCCACGUAGUAUCACUGAAUACGAACCGGGUCAUUCGUCUAUUUCAGAUAGAGAAGAAAGAAUAAAGAUCAAAUAUCUUCCACCAUUGGAUCAGCCAAAACCAUCAUAUGUAUAUAGAGACGGAUACGAGUCUGAUUCGACUUUAUUCAGAAGAAGUGGAAAAUCAUCAUCACUCGAUCCUCAGCAACAAAAAUUAUGGUAUCGUAAAAUUCAACAGGGGUCUGAUAUUCCUUUUUCUGGACUUGGAAAACCUGCACCAGAAAGACCAAAAAAAAUAUGCUCAUGCAGCCUUUGUGUCCAACGACACUUUCUUCAGUGCUCUAGAAGUCUUCCUUGCCAGAGUCUUGAUACUUUUGACUAUACUAAUUAUGAAAGUUAUGCUAACACUAGUGCACAAAGCAUGCUAACAAAUAGUUUUCCUUUAUUAAAUACUAAAUCUGAUUAUGUAAGCAAAUGUUUUGCCAGAACUACAUUAUCAAAAUCCUUUCCUGUUCCUCCUUGUAGAAGUUCUUCUCUGUGGAUUCCUUCGUUAAAAACUUCAUCAAACAAAGUGCCUUUUUAUGGAUACGAUAAAAUCAAACUUGAUUCAAAAAAUAAUUACUCUAAUUUUACUAUUAAAAAAAUAGAUUAUAUUCCAUAUUCGUUUACUGACAAUUUUUCAAACAAUAAUAAUUAUUUUAAAAAUUCUACGCCGCUAUUUGAUGAAUUUAAGUUUACAUCUAAAUCGAGCUGUAAGAAGAAAUUAAUCAAUUCUAUGAAUUGUUCUAAAACUCAUAUUGAUGACAUUUUAUCAAAAAAUUCUAAGCUUGAACAAACAUCACUUCAUGAUGAUCAGAGCAAUUCUUCUGCUUUUGAAAAUUCUACUAGAACAUUUAAAAUGGAUUCUUUAAAUAUUGAAAUGCAUAAUAAUUCAGAAAUGCCUUUUUAUAAUUGUAAAAUUACAAAAAAUCACAAAAAUGAUUAUACAGUAGAUUUGGAUUCUAAAUAUUUAAAUUCAAAUUUAAUAGAAAAAUUUAUAAUACCUAAUUAUUGUAAUAUAAUUUCUCAAAAGAGAACAAGAGAAAGAAAAUACUUAUGCAUGGCAAAGCAAAGAAAUACUAAUUUGAGAAUAUUUUUAAGAAAUGUCCAUGAAAUUAUUCACUUGUCAGAUGAAAAUUGCAAGGGAGCAUUUCAUCAUUCCUCCUGUUUAAGCUAUCAUCAGUAUAUCACUAAUGUUAUUGAAUCAGUUAAGAGGUCUCAAAAAUUUUUAAGAUUGAAAAACUAUUAUUGUAGUUUAGAAAAAAUAAUGACAUUGGAAAAUGAAAGGAAGCAAGAAAGAUCUUUGACGACACCCAUUAAUCUUUCUUAUUUGUAUGCAAAUUUAAAAGGAGCCCAAGAAAGAGGAGAAUUUUUUGUUAAAUUAAAAAAUGAGAAUAAUUGGGGAAAAAAUAUUGCAAAGGAAUUAAAAAUGAAGAUACAUUCUGUUGAUGAUUUAAGAGAAACUUUUGAAAAUAAAGAGCUGAAAUUGAAACAAACUCUUCCCUUUGUUUGUCAUAAAAAGUUAAAUAGGUUUCAAUAUAGUUUAUCGGUAUCAGAUUUAAUAUAUAAAUAUGAUAAUCUUAAAUAUAAGUUUGAAUGCAAAAAAUUAGAAAAGUGUUAUUUUCCUUCUGCAUCAGACUUUAGAGAGAAAGUUAAUUCUUUUGGACCUAGCUUUUAUACUUCAAGUACAAAUGAAAAUGUGAAAAUUCAAGAUCAUAUAAUAGAUCAAAUGUCAAAUGAUGCAGGCACUUACAUUUCUUACCAUCAUAUAGAUGAUUUGUAUACUUCUUUGAGAAAUUUUAAAGUAGCAAAUGGAUGUCCAAGGAUUGAAAAUAUGUCUAGAUGCUUAAAUACAUCAUCUGAUAUGGUUUGUGAUAAUGUAAAUUCCUCAUUUGAAUGCAAAGAUAUUUCGGAGAAGUUAUUUAGAGAUGAAAAUUGUAAAAAAUCUUGUAUGUACAACAAUUCUAAGCAAAGUCUAAAUACAACAUUAGUUCCCAUUUCAUCAGAAAAACGUUCUUUCACAUUAAGGAAAAGUCCUUCAAAGCACUUUAUUUCUGAAGAAGUACGAACAAAUUCUACAGACAAAAAUAAUCAAUUCUUGAGUGUGUUAAAUAAACUUAAAAAAAAUGUUUUAAUUUGUGGUAGUGUGAAAGAUAAAAUACAGCAUUUUGAAAAAAUAGCAAAAAACAAAUAUAUAUUUUUUGGUCAAAAUCAAUGUUUUAAACAGAGAUUAAUGCAAUCAAAAUUAUAUCAAAAUAAAUCGUCUCCUGAAAUCUUGUCAGCAAGCACUUCAAAUUAUCUUCUAAUGCAGUGUCAACCAGAAAAGAAUAUUAUAUAUUCAGAUAGUUUAAUAUGUAAAAAUAACAAUAUUCAAAUAACAACUGGUAAUGAUAGUUAUUUGAUGAAUAAAAAUUUUCAAAAUAAGUUUAAAGGUAAAAACAGCCACAAACAAUUAAGUAAAGUACCUCGGAAAAUUCUUUCGUGUUGCGAUAUUAGAGAUUAUUUAUCGUCGUCGAAAAGAUAUUUUGCAGUUCAUAGUUUUUUUCGACCAGACUACAUUCCAGAACGAACUGUCUCUUCAAUUGAUUUACGACAUGCAUCAGAAAUGGAAUCAUUUCAAACAAUGUCUGAAAAAUCAAGUUAUAAUGAUAGCUGUCCUGAAAAGAAUUUAGUUAAUAAUUCAGAAUACAAAUUAUUAAAUAAAAUUAUUUUUCCAAUUAUCAAGAAAAAAGACAAAACUCAUCUUGAAAAAAAUCCAAAAUUGUUUACUGGAAAUGUACAACAAAUCAGGUUAUUAUUUGAAGACAGAAAUAGUUGUAGUCUUCCAAAUAAAAUAAAUCAGAUUUUUUAUAAAAAUGAUUAUGUUGCUUAUAGCAGUUAUAUGAAACGAAAAGUUUCUACAGGAUCUGUAAAAUUACUCUCUCGUAAAUUUGAGUGUUUGGAUAAGAUAAAUAUUGAGAGAUCUCAAGAAAACCUAUUUGAAAACAUUCAUUUAUCUAAUAACAGGAUAUUUAAAAAUAAUUUUGAUUUAAUAAAUUCAAAAACAAACAGUUCUUGUCAAAACAAUUCACAUUAUUCAUCUCAAGUGACUGCUGAAGGAAGACAGGAAAAAAAUAAAAAAAUUACAAAACGACAAAUAAAAAAUUCUUAUAAUUUUUAUAAAAAAGUAUUUCCAUUAAGUUACACUAAAUAUUUAAUAAAUAAGGCUGAAAGACGAAAAGCUUUACAAAAUAUAAUUAAAAAGUUUGAAAUUUUACAUAAAAAAAAUAGUGCGUCCAACAUGUUUUUACAUGGAAAUCAUGCACCAAUUAAAAAAAGUAUAUCUAUGUGGAUUUGUAGAGAUUCAAAUGAUUUAAAUGAAAUUAAAUACUUGAAAGAAUGUGGAAUGCAUUAUAAAACAGAACUGUUCAGGGGUAGAGGCAAAUUGUCACGGUUGAAAAAACAACUUCGUUCCACGUGGAUGAAGUCUUCUGAUAAUGUUUCGAUUCUUCUUCCCCGACUUAUUGGCACUCCUGUCGGUAUACCUUUCUCUGCGAGCACUACUUGUUCAAAUUCUUCUUUAACUUGUAUGGAAUUUCUUACUGGGCAGUAUUCGAAAUGUGAUAAAAGCUCUGGCAGGGUAAAUGGAGAAGAAAUGAUUUCUUCAAGAAAUGAAAAUUUUCUCAUCCAUUAUAACUCCAUUGUAGAUGAGUUUACAAGUUUCAGAUCCAAAGAACACAAGAAUGCAUGCAGUUCAGUUUCUCCACAUAAGUAUCAAGAAACAGAAGUUAAUAUCCAUUAUCGAAGUCCUAUUCGUAACUUAGAGAAAGAAUAUAUUGAAGAAGAAGAGCUAAGAAAAAGGCAAGAAACAGCAAUGAAGAAAUUUUAUGAAGAAGAAAAAUACAAAAAAUAUUUGCAACAGUUAGCUGAAGCAGAAAUGAGACGGCACAGUGAUUUUUUUACGCCAUCUCAGAAGUCUCCUAUUCCUUUGAAUCGAUAUGAUAAUCCAUUUGAAUUAUCUGCAACUAUGACAAAAACAUCAGAAAUUCAUACAAUGGCUAAAGUUCUCUUUAAUUUUACUGCUCAGUCAUCAAGAUCCCAGCGUGUUAAGCUGAUUUUUGAGAGAUUGAAAGAGGAUGCUGGAGAGGUGGCUAAAGAUGAAGAGAUUAAAACUAGUAACGGUUGGUUCAGCCAAUUCAAAAGUCACUGUAAUUGGCAUGGCAUUGCAGAAAGUGGAGAGGCGGAAAGUGCUGAUAAAGAGGCUGCAUCUUACAAUCCAGAGAAAUUCAAAGCUAUGUUGCCUACAGAAAUAAUGGAAGACUUUCGCCAGGAUGCUGAAGUCAUUAUUCAGGAGACACAAAAAUAUAUCACUGCUAAUAAGGAUGACCGACUGGGGACUGCACAACAUAAGAAGUUUAUAGUGAAACAACUUAACAGGAUGAUUGAAUUAACUGAGGCUGCUGUCAAGAAAGCUUGCAUAACAGAGAUUCCAAACAAUAAAAUAAGGAAUUUAGAGACUACAGAAGAUAUCAAAGAAGCCCUGGAGAUUUGUAAUAAAAACGUUCAAGAGGCUGUCCAUAAUACCAAGCAAGAAAUCAAGCAACUUUUGGAUCCAACAGCAGCUGGUGUAGGGAUAAAAAAGAUAAGAAAAAUUAACCAGGGGGGAGUCGCAAUUGAUGUUUGCGAUGAUUCAGAUGCUGAAGUUUUGGAAUGUUUAUUGGAGAAAGUCUCGGGACUCAAGGCUCGUAGAGGAAACCUACAACGACCUCUUAUUAAGAUUGUUUCGGUUCCUAAGUCUAUCACUAAAGAUGAUCUUGAAAAACACAUUUGUGAACAAAAUUAUUUGGCGCUUCGUGUUGAAAAAGAUGAAUUUCCAGAUCAUAUUAUAAUUCAAGAUAAUGAAGAUAUGCAACCUAAAAGGACAACUGAAGGCAUCGCCAAAGUCAAAUAUAAUUUUCAAGCAAAAUCAGCUUUAGAACUAUCUCUUUUUAAAGGAGAAAAGGUUAUUUUGACCAGACGUGUCGACAGCAAUUGGUAUGAAGGUAGAAUUGGAAAUAAAAAGGGUAUUUUUCCUCUAUCCUAUAUAGAAGUUAUUAAAGAACCAGAUGAAAUUAAUUCGACAGCUUCCUUGUUGUGUAAACCUCCAUCAAGUUCAAUUUUUAAUACAUAUAUAAAUGGAAUAUCUUCAAAUCAGCAGCUACAUAUUCUACAAGACAGUUCACAAGAUGAUAUAUCAAAUGGCAUUAAUAAAAUGCUUGACCAGGAAGAAAGACCACCAUUGACACAGAGUCUGCACAUCGAUACUACAAAUGAACCAAUUCCGUAUAAAGUUCUGUAUAAUUACAAACCACAAAAUGAGGAUGAGCUGGAAUUACAAGAGCGGGACACUGUCUACGUUUUAGAGAAAUGUGAUGACGGUUGGUUCGUGGGCACCUCUCUUCGAACCGGAUUGUUUGGAACCUUUCCAGGAAAUUACGUGGAAAGAAUGUGACCACAGAGGAAGAGGAGGAGGGGGAAGAAGAGAAGAAGGGAAGAGAAGAAAUGGUUUUGCAUAAAGUAUUAAUAUAAAAAUAUAUAUAUUCGUCCUAGGCAAAAGGGCGAGGAAGCGGCCCGCCAAUAUUUGUGGCCCAAAAUACAGGUCAGCGCAUACCAAAGAUAUUUUUAAGGCUUUCCUUGUUAUAAUAGACAAUGUUAUUUUUAUCCGUCGAGCGGAUUUUGUUAAUCCUAUCGAUGUAGUCUGUAUUUACUGCAAAAUUAAAGCGUUACGGUUAUUA